AUGGCGGCUAGUCACCGUGUUCGUCGUAUUGGCAAGGAAAUUGCCGACAUUCGCGCGGACACUCACUCGCAAAUUGGCAUCGAACCCUUUGGUGACCAGGACGAUGUCACUCAUCUCCGCGGCUCAUUCCCGGGCCCUCCUGGUACUCCCUAUGAAGGUGGUACUUUCGCUGUCGAUGUGAAGAUCCCUACCGACUAUCCGUUCACCCCUCCGGCCAUGAGGUUCGAAACCAAAGUUUGGCAUCCCAACAUCAGCAGCCAGACCGGCGCUAUUUGUCUCGAUACGCUCUCGAGUGCUUGGUCCCCUGUCCUGACCGUGAAGUCGGCGCUUCUUUCCCUGCAGCAACUGCUGAGCACCCCUGAGCCAAAGGACCCCCAGGAUGCCGAAGUCGCGAAGAUGAUGAUGAACACGCCCGCAGAAUUUGCGCGUGUUGCCCGGAAAUGGACUGUUCUCUAUGCGGGUGCUCCGCCGAAGCCCGACGAAGAAACUCAGGAUGCUGUGGCCAGCACGCAGGUGGCAACCGAAGAAGAUAAUCUCGCUCGGUAUCAAGGAUACAACAAGGAUCUGGUUGAUCGGUUUGGUAAUAUGGGAUUCGAUGUCGCUCAAGUGGUUGAUGCCUUUCAACAGGUCAAAGUUGACCGCAACGCAGGCGAGGACUAUGAGCUGGAUCCAGUUGUCAUGGCGAAUGUCACUGCCCGACUCACGCUUCGAGCAACAACAAAUGCGGUGGCUAGUGAGCGAGUCAGAGCCGCCUUGCGCCGAGCUCGCGAAGCUCGGCAGUCCGCCACGCCCUCCGCGGCGGGAACACCACAGACCGGCAGCGAUGCGGAAAGCAAAGUAGGCGAUGAAAAAGCGGUUGACUGCUUGACACCAGAAGAGGAGUUGGUUUUUGUCCGCUACUACUGUGAAACACUCCUGGAAUUGGGCGACGAGUACAAGCCUCCACUGCCCACGGCCGUCCGGGCGACCGCAAUUCAAUACCUUCGUCGAUUCUAUCUGACCAACUCUCCAAUGACAUACCACCCGAAAACAAUUAUGGCGUGCGCGCUCUUCCUGGCAACCAAAACCGAUAACUAUUACAUGUCGCUGCGGCAUUUCACUGACGGGAUACCCGGCAAGCCAUCCCCAGACGAGGUGGUUGCUCCCGAGUUCUUGCUUAUGCAGGGCCUUCGGUUCUCAUUCGAUGUCCGACAUCCCCUGCGCGGACUUGAAGGCGGUGUCAUGGAACUCUCAGCCAUUGCGCAAGGACAGGGCCAGCCAUCACCCCUCCAACCACACCAAACUCCAGAAAGCCUCAAGAAUGGACUUCUUUCUAUUGCACCACCACCUACUCCGUCCUCCUCUAUCACCGAUCGAAUCGGGCGCGCACACACCGGCACACGCGAGCUGCUCAAGACUGCGGCGCAGAUGACCGACGCAUAUUUCCUCUAUACCCCCUCACAAAUCUGGCUCUCAGCCUUCUUUCUUGCCGAUCGACCAUUGGCCGAAUUCUACCUUGAUACCAAACUCGGUGGACCCAUCACACCCACCGCUGCCAGCACAAAUCCAUCCGGCCUUCAAAAUCCGCUCUACGAAAUGCGCACUAAGGUCUUCAAGGCCCAAAUGAAAAACCUCAAGCGGAUUGCGAAGAAACUCUAUAAAUGCCAAAACCCCGAGAAGGCUAAUCUCUCACAAAAACGAGAUUCUGCUCAGCCUCCAACUUCGGCUGCUAUCACUGACUCGGGGCAGGUGACCUCAGAAAGCGAGACAGAACGGUUAGCCAAAAAACGAAAGCUCGAUGAACAGAAACAGCGUGGCUCCCAGGAUCUGUUUGGCCCCGAGCUUGUGCUUGAUCGGACUAAGUGA